AUGCAAACGUAUUCAAGUGUAUACGAACGCUACUUUGACCCUGAUCAUUUUUCACCGGGAACCCCAAAAACAGCGAGUCGUGAACUUCCUCAAGCAUGUGCCUAUCGUGCGUUGAUGUCUCUGAAAUACAAAUAUCACCAGGACAGUCGACAACCCAAAGAUUUGAAUGACUUGCCCACAAGUGCACCUCUUUUUGAUCAAAACGAGCUUACAGAGCGUGCUGAACAAGUCAUGGAAGAUUGGACAAGACGCUAUCCCUCUCAAGUGGCUGGCACCAGUGAUGAUGUUGCUGCCGAGACCAAACGUCAAGCUGAUCAAUUAUGGGGAUUGUGGAGUACAAAGCGCAAUAGCUAUUCUUCACAAGAUGCGGCCAUGCCACCUUUAUCAGCACCAGGUCAAGAAGAAAAUAACAAAAAGCGACAAGGUAGCUUGCCUUUGUCAAAGCUGGAUCAAUCCUAUCACACACCGCAACGAGAACCAUCACCAGUAGCAGUACCCGAGAACAACAACGACAAUGAACGACCUCCGACAGAAUCCCCUGAUUAUGAUCCUGGACCCAAGAAAUCAACUUUGGCAGCAGCAGCAGCAGCUGGUGUGAUAGGUGGUGGUGGUGGCUCUAUAGCAGCAUCCGAAUUAGCAAAGAGAAACAAUGAUCCACCAUCAUCACAACAAUCAAAUGGCAUUACAUCAUCACAACAACAACAGCAGCAGCAGCAACAAGAAGCACCCGAUUCUCCAGAUGAUAAUGAUCCUGUACGUGUGCCAAGUGGUUCACAACCAGCUGCAUCUAGACCAGCAGGUGCGGCGACUCCGAGUGCUGAUAGGCCAUCAUCAUCACAAGAACAACAACCAAGCACUAGCAAUGCAGCUGCAGCUGCAGCAGGUGCACAGCAACCACAACCCAGCGUAGACAAAAAAAUCAAGAUUUCAGAAAAUGACAAAGAAAAGGGCAAAGCCAAGAAUAGCAAUGAUGAAGAAAGUGAUGACAAUGACAAGCCAAAGAACACAGGCGGUACCAAGGAACAUAUCGCUGAACAACCCCUGAUUACUGAAAAAGGUGGCCUUAGUGGGACUCAACCUGUAGGCAAGAUUGAUCUCAAGAAUCUAUAA